AUGUUCACAAAGAAAGCAACAGCAACAGCAGCAGCAGGAGCAGCAGGAGCAGCAGCAGGAGCAGCAGGAGCAGCAGCAGCUUGGCCCCACAGAGACUGUCUUGCUGCAGCAGCAGACGUGCUGCUGCCGCCGCUGCUGGAGGGGAUAGGCAAUCCUCUGCUGCAGCAGCAGCAGCAACCCGAGCCCCUACUCUGCCCUGUACCGCGCGCUGCAGAUGCAGCAGCAGCUGCUGCUGCUGCUGCUGCUGUGGUGCAGCAGCAGCAACGAGACAGAAGGAGAAAAGGAUGGCCGGAGGAGACAGACGAAGAGGCAGCAGAGACAGAAGCAGAGGCACUUCUGCGUCUGGCCCCCUCUGUUGUGCCGUUGCUGCUGCUGCUGUUUGCUCUUGCUGCUACAUUUAGUGAACCUUCUUCGCCCGCUCUGGACUACUACUCGCCGCGCGACGUUCUGGGGGAGUUGCUGCCAGCACUGCAGCAGCAGCAGCAGCAACAGCAGCAGCAGCAGCAGCAGCAGCAGCAGCGGUAUCCUGCUUUGGCUGCUUCGUUUGUUUGUUCUUAUACAGCAGCAAAAGUUGCUGCACUUGCUGCUGCUCCUCUCGCCUCCAAGCCGCUGAGCGCAUUUAUUCUGUUUGAGUUGCUGCAGCUAGCUGCUGCUCCUGGCCCUGCUGCUGCUGCUGCGGAAUCUGCUGCUGCUGCUGCAGCAGCAGCAGCAGCAGCAGCAGUGUCUCCUUUGAGACCUUUCGUUGCUCGGGCCCUCCAAAGAACAGCAGCAGCAAGCAGCAGCACGGUGCAGCAGCUGCUGCAGCAGCAACUGCAUUCGCUGCUGCUGCUGCGGCUUCGAGGCGCCAGGGGCCCUGACGGAUCGCCGCUAGGCAUUGGGCCUCCCCUGCUGCUGCAGCAGCAGCAGCAGCAGCAGCAACAGCAGCAGCAGCAGCAGCAGCAGCAGCUGGCGUGGCAGCUGCUGCUAGCAGGUGACGCGGAGGCGCUCGAUCCAAGGCUGAGCGCAUUUAUUCUGUUUGAGUUGCUGCAGCUAGCUGCUGCUCCUGGCCCUGCUGCUGCUGCUGCUUCUGCUGCUGCGGAAUCUGCAGCAGCAGCAGCAGCAGCAGCAGUGUCUCCUUUGAGACCUUUCGUUGCUCGGGCACUGCAGCUGGCGUGGCAGCUGCUGCUAGCAGGUGACGCGGAGGCGCUCGAUCCAAGGGCUGCUGCUGCUGUCUCCCCGUACUCCUUGGCAACAGCAACAGCAGCAGCAACAGCAGCAACAGCAGCAGCAGCAGCAGCAGCAGCAGCAGAACCCCAAGAGGCAGAGACAGACGAAAUGCCUCUGUCUUUGCGUUCCUUCGCAGCUGAAGUUGCUGCUGCUGCCGCUCCACUACUUGCUGCUGGAUCUCACCUCCUCUUCCAAGCGGGGUAUCUGAGCGGCGUGCCGGUGCACUUGCUGCUGCGGCUGGUUGCUGCUGCAACAAGGAGACAGCUGGGGAGCGAGCGGCUGGAGGAGAUAGGGGCUACGCUGCUGGCUCUCACACUAGGGGGAGACCUGCAGCAGCAGCAGCAGCAGCAGAAGCAGCAGCAGCAGCAGUCAGUAGAGCGGCUGCUUUUCCCAGCACAAGCAAGAGUAGCAGCAGCAGCAGCAGCAGCAGCAGCAACAGCAACAGCAGCAACAGCAGCAGCAGCAGCUGGAGUUGAUGGGUUUGCUCAUUGCUGCGACGAAUGCAGAGACGAGCAGCGGGGUGCAGCAGCAGAAGCAGCAGCAGCAGCAGCUGCUGCUGCUGCUCCUGCUGCUGUAGAAACUGCGCGGCUGCUAGGCCUGGAGUUGCUGCUGCUGCCGCACCCCCCGCCAGCAGCACUGGGGGAUGAGGGUUGGAGUUUGCUGCUGCUGCAGCAGGAUUCUGUGCUGCCUGCUGCUGCUGCUGCAGCAACAGCAACAGCAACAGCAGCAACAGCAGCAGCAGCAGCAGCAAUGCCUGCCCCUUCAAGUGUCUCUCCGGCGAGAAAACGCGUGCUGCUGCUGGACGUUGUUGCUGCUGCUCUCCCGUUUGCUGCAGCAGAUGCUUCCUCGCUGCUGCUGCUGCUGUCAUUCUGCUUCCGCUGUCUCUCGCACUUCUGCAGCAGCAGCUCAAGCAGCAGCAGCAGCAGCAGCAGCAGACAUCCGAGCAGCAGCAGCAACAACUCGCCAGAAGAUGCAGCAGCAGCAGCAGCAGACACCUGGAUGUGUGUGCUUCGGGCUUUGCUGCUGCGGCUGCGCGACGUCUCCUUCACUGCAGCAGCAGCAGCAGCAGCAGCAGCGGUUCCUCACUGGAGAGCAGCAGCGGCAGCACCAACGACAGCAGCAGCAGCAGCAGCAGCAGCAAACGCAGCUAAAGUCGAGGGAAACAAAAGGCCCUUAGACCUCUCUGGGGACAUCCAGCGAACGUACAGCAGCAGCAGCUGCAGCAGCAGCAGCAGCAGCAGCAGCAGCAGCAGUAGAUGCUCAGCAGCAGCAGCAGCAGCAGCGGUUCCUCACUGGAGAGCAGCAGCGGCAGCAGCAACCACACCAACGACAGCAGCAGCAGCAGCAGCAGCAGCAGCAGCAGCAAACGCAGCUAAAGUUGAGGGAAACAAAAGGCCCUUAGACCUCUCUGGGGACAUCCAGCGAACGUACAGCAGCAGCAGCAGCAGCAGCAGCAGCAGCAGCAGCAGCAGCAGCAGUAGCUGCUGUUUCUCCUUGGGGGUUGAGCGGCUGCUGGAACACCUAGGCCCUGCUGCAGCUCGGCUGCUGCUGCUGCGGCCAGCCCUUUGUGCUGCAGCGCAGCAGCUCCUUGAUGAGGUCGUUGCUGCUUGGAGCAGCAACCCACAGCAGCAGCAGCAGCAGCAGCAGCAGCAAGAGUUGCUGCAGCGUCCUGCUAAGCGAACAGCAGCAGCUGCAGCAGUGCUUCGGCAACAGGAAACCGACGAGAACUCAGAUGCCAGGGUAGCUGCAGCAGCAGCAGCGCUACGUACUCUCACCGAUUUGCUGCCGUUUCGUUCAGCAGCAGCAUAUGCUGCUGCUCUGGCUUCAAGGGGACUUAUCCCCUCUCAGCAGCAGCAAUGGCAGCAGCAGCAGCAGCAGCAGCAGCAGCAGCAGCAGCAGCAGCAGCAUGGCAGCAUCUGCUGCGCCGAUUGCGUUGCGCGGCAGCAGGGGCAGAGGCUGCUGGUUGGCUUUGUAUCUCCUGAACUCGCGCUGCUGCGCAGCAUGUGCUGCGCGGAUUGCGUUGCGCGGCAGCAGGGGCAGAGGCUGCUGGUUGGCUUUGUAUCUCCUGAACUCGCGCUGCUGCUGCUGCAGCAGCAAGCAGCAGCAGCAGGCAAAGUACCUUCGCUGCUGCAAGCUGGAUGGAGCAACAGCAGGAGCAGCAACCCGGGUGCAGCAGCAGCAGCUGCUGCUGCUGCUGCAGCACAGUUGCUGCUGCAGUCCGAGCAGUUUGCUGCAGGGGCUGAUGAAAGACAGAGCCGCACCGCCUUCCUCUGCGCCUAUAGAAUAUGCAUGCCUCACCCUGCUGCUGCUGCUGCAGCAGCAGCAGCAGCAGCAGCAGCAACAGCUGCAGCAGCAGCAGCAGAAGUGCCGGGAGCAGCAGCAGCAACGAGGGCUCCAGCUGCUGCUGUAGCUGAUUCAUUUGCUGCAGCACAGGCGGCUCUCUCUAAGGACGUGCCGCUGCAGGGACAGAGCCGCACCGCCUUCCUCUGCGCCUAUAGAAUAUGCAUGCCUCACCCUGCUGCAGCAGCAGCAGCAGCAGCAGCAGCAGCAGCAACAGCUGCAGCAGCAGCAGCAGAAGUACCGGGAGCAGCAGCAGCAGCGAGGGCCCCAGCUGCUGCUGUAGCUGAUUCAUUUGCUGCAGCACAGGCGGCUCUCUCUAAGGACGUGCCGCUGCAGGCCUUCAUGCUUUUGGGGGCAGCAGCAGCAGCAAACAGCAGCAGCAGCAGCAGCAGCAGCAGCAGCAGCAACAGGGCAGCAAGUUGGAGACAGCUCACGGUGGUGCUGCUGGAAGCUUUUGUACGGCCAGAGCUCGAGGCCCUUCGCACACACCUCAGGCACGUUGCUGCUGCUGCUGCUGCUGCUGCUGCUGCUGCUGCUGCAGCGGUUGUUGCUGCUGCAGCUGCUGAUGUGCUGCUGCUGCUUCUGCUCGGGAUAGCGGGGGACUGCGGGUUGUUUGGCGGCGCUGCUGCUGUUUGUCUGCUGCUGCAAGGCCUCACGACAGCAGCAGAAGAAACAGAGCGCCGCUCCACUAGGCUGCAGCGCAAGGCGUCACAGGCUGCAGCACGCAGCAGCAGCAGCAGCAGCAGGCAGCAGCAAGUCGAUCCAGAUCGCGCUAUCGGGGAUUGCUGCUGCGGCUGCGGCGCUGCAUUCGCUGCUAUGCAGCAGCAGAUGCGUGGAGGCCCCACAUAUGGCAGCUUGAGGCAGCAGCAGCAGCAGCAACAGCAGCAGCAGCAGCAGCAGCAGCAGAUAGGUGGUUCUAGGUCAUCGACUUCAUUCCCGGCGGACGCGGAGACGCAGCAGCACCAGCCUAAGCAGCAGCAGCAAAAACGGCAGCAGCAGCAGCAGCAGCAGCAGCAGCAGCAGCAGCAGCAGCAGCAGCAGCAGCAGCAGCAGCAGGUGUUGGGUUUAUUUGAGGUUGCUGCUCCUCUGGUGAUGACGAGCCCGGAGCUGGCGCGUGAGCUGCUGCCGCUGCUGCUGCUGGCGGUGCUGCGCUGCGGCGGCGAGACAGCAGCAGCAGCACUUGCUGCUGCCUUGAAUGAACAUGUCUUUGCUGUUUUUAGAGAGCAGCAGCAGCAGCAGCAGCAGCAGCAGCAGCAGCAGCAACGGGAGAGUUUCUCUUUGGGCUUCCUGCAGCAACAGCAGCAACAGCAGCAGCAGCAGCAACAGCAGCAGUAG